CGGGGUCGUGUCUGCCGCAGCAACAGGGUGUGGCCGGGUAGGGGGCGCGGGCGCCAAGCCAGGCCCCGCUUCUUGAAAGGCCUUGCGCGAGCUUCCCCUGCUUCGCGCACGGGUCCCUUGCGCGCCCCCGCCCUGCCAGGGACCCCUGCCCGGCCGCCGCCUGCGUCCAGGAAGCUCCACCUUGAACCAUGUUUUUCACCUGUGGCCCAAAUGAGGCCAUGGUGGUCUCUGGUUUCUGCCGGAGCCCCCCAGUCAUGGUGGCUGGAGGUCGUGUCUUUGUCCUGCCCUGCAUCCAGCAAAUCCAGAGGAUCUCUCUCAACACAUUGACUCUCAAUGUCAAGAGUGAAAAGGUUUACACUCGCCAUGGGGUCCCCAUCUCAGUCACUGGCAUUGCCCAGGUGAAAAUCCAGGGCCAGAACAAGGAGAUGUUGGCAGCUGCCUGCCAGAUGUUCCUGGGGAAGACGGAGGCUGAGAUUGCCCACAUUGCACUGGAGACGCUAGAGGGCCACCAGAGGGCUAUCAUGGCCCACAUGACUGUGGAGGAAAUCUAUAAGGACAGGCAGAAAUUCUCUGAGCAAGUUUUCAAAGUGGCCUCCUCAGACCUGGUCAACAUGGGCAUCAGCGUGGUCAGCUACACCCUGAAGGACAUUCACGAUGAUCAGGACUAUUUGCACUCCUUGGGGAAGGCCCGAACAGCUCAAGUCCAAAAAGAUGCUCGGAUUGGGGAAGCAGAGGCCAAGAGAGAUGCUGGGAUCCGGGAGGCCAAAGCCAAGCAGGAAAAGGUGUCUGCUCAAUACCUGAGUGAGAUCGAGAUGGCCAAGGCGCAGAGGGACUACGAGCUGAAGAAGGCUGCCUAUGACAUCGAGGUCAACACCCGGCGAGCACAGGCUGACCUGGCCUAUCAGCUUCAGGUGGCCAAGACGAAGCAGCAGAUCGAGGAGCAGCGGGUGCAGGUGCAGGUGGUGGAGCGGGCCCAGCAGGUGGCGGUGCAGGAGCAGGAGAUCGCCCGCCGCGAGAAGGAGCUGGAGGCCCGCGUGCGGAAGCCGGCGGAAGCCGAGCGCUACAAGCUGGAGCGCCUCGCGGCGGCGGAGAAGUCCCAGCUGAUCAUGCAGGCAGAGGCAGAAGCCGAGUCAGUGCGGAUGCGCGGGGAGGCCGAGGCCUUUGCCAUUGGGGCCCGAGCCCGGGCGGAGGCUGAGCAGAUGGCCAAGAAGGCGGAGGCUUUCCAGCUGUACCAGGAGGCUGCUCAGCUGGACAUGCUGCUAGAGAAGCUGCCCCAGGUGGCAGAGGAGAUCAGUGGUCCCUUGACCUCGGCCAAGAAGAUUACGCUGGUGUCCAGUGGAAGCGGGACCAUGGGGGCGGCCAAAGUGACCGGGGAAGUGCUGGACAUCCUGAGCCGCCUGCCAGAGAGCGUGGAGAGACUCACUGGCGUCAGCAUCUCCCAGGUGAACCACAAGCCUUUGCGAACAGCCUGAACCCCUGACCUUCGCGAUGCCCAGCUUCGUAACUCAAGUUGCCUGAACGGUCCCAAUAUUGCAUGCACUUCAGCCGGCUCCCUGAGCGGGGUUCCACUCCUCACCUCAUCUCUCCUUGCCAAAUAGCCUGUGCCUUGCCUUGGAAGGAAAGGGUUCUCCCUUCUCCAACCCCAUAUUGCCAAGACUGCCAGUUCCCCAGGGGUCCCAUGAUGGCCUUCUGAUGAACCCACCCCCAACUUAUUUAAUUAAACUACUGUUGAGCCUGUUGUCCAGAA